GUCCGUCACAUCUUUCCAGAAGACAGUGAAGAGGAGAUACAAGUGGGGGAUGUUGUUAGUGCACUUUGGCUUCCAAACGGCCAAUAUUAUGAUGCUAAAGUGCUACAGAUAGGAGGUGAUAAGGAAGAGCUUAUGAAGGAAAGAAUACGUCUAGAAAAGGCAAAGAAAAAGGGAAAGCAACCAGAAAAAAGUGCAGCAAAGAAGCGCAAGCAUCCAGAUGAUAGCAACACAGAGUUGCAGCAGUGUGAGAAGUCCAACAAACGAAAUGAUGACAAGGAAAAUGAGCAGAAAUCCAAAGAAAAGGAAGCAAAAAAGAAGAAGAAAGAAGAAGAAAAACAAAGGCAGCUACUGUUACUGCAGACAAGAAAGUCACAAGCUGCUGCACGAUGGGCAAGUAGCAGUCACCAAAUGGAAAAAGAGGUGACCAUUCUUGGUGAGGUGAACCCUACUCCUGCCGCUGGAUUCACACCUUUACCAAUUCGUGGCAGGAAUUCAACUACACAAGCCAGAGUCUUCCCUCCAGGUAAAGAACAAGAUGAGCACUUUGAUAAUUCAGCUCUAACCCCAACUGGUGGACAGAAAACCUGCUCAAGCUUGCCUCCAUCUAAACAAAAGAUAGGAACACCCCAACUCAACAGUCCUUGCUCUACCUCAACAAAUUCUCCAACCUUGUCUAUUGCUUCUACAUCUAAAGAAUCAACUCAACCUCCAGAGGAGACUCCCAGAAGGUCCAGCAACAAAAAAAGGAGUGACUGUGACCCCAGGCGGGGUUUACAUUUUCAAAGCUCUGUGGUAGACAGCAGCAGUGAAGAGGAAGGUACCGAAUAUUGCACAGAAGACAACCCUGCUGUUGCCCAUGGAAAUUGCUGUAAAGAACAACAACUGGAAAAUAAAGCUUUAAGGGAGAGAAUUCAGAAACUGCACAGGAGGCUUAAUAUAGCAUUGAAAGCAAAGACCACAGAGGAGAUAAUGAGCAACAGGCCUUCCCCAGGUGUUCUUGAUCCUUCCUUAGCCUUAGAAUACAAGAUGGUAGAACUUAUCGAAGGAUCUGGGGUGUUUUGGUAUACUCAACAACGUGCCUACUGUUCAGCAGUAAAAAAUUGGUCCGGCUAUGUCAAUGCUGUUGUCGACAUUUUCUUCAGCAAAGAAAAACUGGCAUCCUCUUGUGCCAUGGGCAACCAGAAAAAAAGCAAGACUGGUGACAGCCACCAACCACUUAACCCGUUGAUUGUCCAUGCGAUCAUUGGCAAAGUGUGUUCGAAAUUUACCCAUGACAAAGUUAGCGCCAGCCAAGUUGUUCAAAAAAUAAAUAUGAAAUGUGUUGAGGCUAGGCGCCCACAGCGAAUAAGAGUUGUCUCUUCCAGAGUAGAAUAAAACUAUUGUAGUUAAACCAAAAAUCAAUAUAGACACUUAGGUUAUACUGUUACAGUUACUGUAAAAGGGGUACAAGACUUGCAUGUACAGUUUUACUUUGUAAGUAUUUAAAUUUUAGUUUCCAGUUUAUAAAUGUCUACAGGGUUUGAAUAAAUGGACUUUAUAA